AUGAAAGCUCCCGAAGACGACCGUCUUGAUCCAUCCAUAUCCUGCAAACCUAUUGCUCCAGUAGUCAUCAUGGGAGACGCAACGGAGAGCAAUUCAGCCCUCAGUGCGGCAUCUCCAGUCAAGCCCAAAGUGUGGACAACCCUCCUCACAAACACCGACUACCUGCCGGGUCUUUUAGCUCUAGAUUACUCUCUCAAGCGCUCCAAGUCCGCCUAUCCGCUCGUCGUGCUCUAUACAGAUGGUCUUCCACCAGAAGGCCAUGAGGCCCUCGACCGCCGUCAAAUUGCCAAGCGCCAUGUGCCAUACUUGGUACCAACAGCAGAAAACGACUAUAGCAACGAUGUGCGCUUUUACGAUUGCUGGACUAAGAUGACACCCUAUAGCUUAACUGAGUAUGAAAGGGUAGUGCAGCUUGACAGCGACAUGCUUGUCCUGAAAAACAUGGAUGAAUUGAUGGAUCUGGAGCUAGAUCCGCCAGAGCUGGAAGGAAAGGGAAACAGAGUUUAUGCUGCAUCUCAUGCCUGUGUUUGUAAUCCUUUGAAGCGCGCACAUUAUCCUCCGGAUUGGAUACCCUCCAGUUGUGCUUUCACCUCUCAACACUCGACACCCGAUGAGGCACAAAUUACUGGAGCCCCUUGCACGACCGGUCUCCAGUAUAUGAAUGGAGGGCUUCAGGUAAUAAACCCCAGCAUGGCCGUAUACAACCUUAUACUCUCAACCCUUCAAACUCCUACAACGGCCAGCUACGCAUUCGCCGACCAAUCUCUGCUAUCUGACAUCUUCCGCGGGCGAUGGGUUGCGCUGCCAUAUAUCUAUAAUGCCCUAAAGACGCUACGGUGGGAGGGUGUGCACUCGGAUAUCUGGCGAGACGAAAACGUCAAGAACGUGCAUUAUAUCUUGACGCCUAAACCAUGGAAUACAAGAGACGCUAGAGAUGAGGAUGCCGUGACACAUGGGUGGUUCUUCAAGUUGAAUGAUGAGAGACUUGAGAAGGAAAAGGAGGCCGGCAUUGAUGAUGGUUUCUAG